UGUAAAUAGAUAAAACGAAACGUAUUCAGUAUUGUUUAUAUUCUGUAUCUGUGAACUAAAAAUUGACAACAACGCUGCGAAAAAUUCAGCUAUUUACCGCUGAUUUUACUUCACAAACUACAUUAUAAACUUCUAAACACUACACAAAUACCUUAAAACACUCAAUUGAAGUGCAAAUCUAGUGAUAUCCAACAGAACACAAACAUAACCUCAAAAUGUCUGAUGAUGAGGAUGUAAUCUUGGUGAAGAAGCCAAAGCAGGUCCACUAUGGAUCCUUGGAGGAGCAGGAGAAGGCCCGGCUGGCGGCCCUGGCAGCUGCCGCCAAGGAAGGUGCCGAAGAUAUGGGCGGGAAAGAGCUAGGAGAUAUUCAAAUCUCAAGCGAAUACAUGGAGCUGGAAGAAGAGAUGUCUCGUGACAAGAAGGCUCUGCUCGAGGAGUUCGAGAGGAGACGCAAGGCGAGGCAGCUGAACGUCUCCACUGAUGAUGAUGAGGUACGUCGGAGUCUCCGGCAGCUGGGAGAGCCUGUUUGUCUGUUCGGCGAGGGCCCGGCCGAGAGGCGAGUGCGUCUGCGCGAUUUACUUAGCUACCUAGGAGAAGAUGCAAUCCACAAGAAGCUAGAAGAAGAAGAAGCCAGGAUCGAGAGGGACCGCGGCAGGGAGGGCACCUGGUACCACGAGGGACCGCCCGAGCUGAGAGAGGCUAGGCUCUGGAUUGCUCGGUAUUCACUGCCGAAGGCUAAGCUUAGGUUAAGUAAAGCCCGUGAGGAAUUGAAACUAGCGGGAAGUGUCCGCGCGGCUGCUAAACAGGAGUCACAACGCAAGGCGUCAGCCAUGUCCAUUUAUUGCAGUCAGAUCGGCGAUACCCGGCCAAUAAGUUUCUGCAGAUUCAGUAGUGAUAGCAAGAUGCUGAUAACUGCUAGCUGGUCAGGUUUAGCCAAAGUAUGGUCUGUCCCCGAGUGCAAAGAGUUGCAAGUACUGAAGGGUCACACUUGUAACGUGAGCGGCGCUGACUUUCAUCCUAGAGCUAUCAUGCCACAUCAUUUUCAGAAUAAGGUAACAAUACAAAAAGAAGAAAACGAAACAAAACAACCAAUGGAGACAUCAGAAGGUACAGAAAACCCUUCAGAACAGACGUCAGAACAGUCAGAACCGACGUCAGAACCUUUUGAAACGUCAGACGAAACGUCAGACGCGUGCACUAUGGCUACUUGUGCUUACGAUGGCACGGUACAUUUGUGGAAUUUUAACAGCGAGUCACCACUGGCCUCCCUCUCAGGGCACAGUCCGGCUCGCGUCUGCCGCGUCCACUUCCACCCCUCGGGGCGGUUCCUCGCCACCACCGUGUUCGACCACUCCUGGCGUCUGUGGGACUUACACACCGCGACGGAGGUGCUGCACCAGGAGGGCCACGCCAAGGCGGUGUACUGCGUCGCCUUCCAGGGGGACGGCUCGCUCGCUGUUACCGGUGGCAUGGACGCGUUCGGUCGCGUGUGGGACCUGCGCACGGGGCGCUGCGUGAUGUUCCUGGAGGGGCACCUGGGCCCCGUGCUGGGCGCCGACUGGGCCCCCGCCGGCCACCAGCUCGCCACCGCUGCUGCUGAUCAUCAGACGAAAAUCUGGGAUUUAAGACGUCGUUCAGCGCUGUACACCAUACCUUCACACACGCAUUUAUUGAGCGAUGUUCGAUACCAGAAGAGUCAUGGUCACUUCUUACUGACUUCAUCUUACGACAAAACUGCUAAGAUCUGGUCCAACCCCGCCUGGCAUCCGCUCAGAACACUCUCCGGACAUGAUAAUAAGGUGAUGAGCGCAGAUAUAUCGUAUGACAAUAAAUACAUAGCGACUUGUUCUUACGACAGAACGUUCAAACUUUGGGCGCCCGAUCUUGCCUGAAUUAUAAAUAAUUAUAAUUAUAUACGGUACCAAUAAUGUAAGGGAAAUGUUUGUUACAAUGCAAUAAAGACAAUUUUGAAAAUA